AUUCGCUUCGUCGCCGUGGUGGUGGUCGGGCAAGGAUACCACAUGUAAGCUGACACGCGCAGCUGGUGAAAAAUUACCACUCCACCAGAUCUGCAAGAGGAUCGCGGAGGGAGCGUCGGAUCUAAUUAACACGGUUAGAAUCCUGAUGCGCCAUUAUUAUGUCUUGCCGUGCGCUGCUCUGGCCGCCCUUUCGCGUUGUUGCUUACCAGUCGAGAAAUUGAUAAAGCGAUGUCCACCACUUAGUCCUCCGGUGUCAACCGAUGUCCGAGAGCAACUAUGUAUAUGUCUCAGUCUUGCCGCGUCUUGCAGGAUUAGCAAGCGAAAAAAGAACUUGACAGCGACACUCCCUCGCAGAUAUAAAUAUUCCUCAGGGCAAAGCCCCUGGCUCCGAGCGCAGCGAGGAUGCUCCAUCCAAGCUGAACUACUCCCGCCACCGUGCCUGCGGAUCUGCUCAAUGGUCUGGCAUGCGUCGCCAUCAUGGUACGGAGCAGUGUGGUCCCUGAAUUCGUACGGCGGUCAUCCUGGAGGGCCUUGAGAUGGCAAAUGAGUAUUUGUCCAUGUCGUCGACGUCCUACCGGACGCGCCUAGCAGGGCGAGGGGAGGUGCAGCAAGAAAAAAGAUUUGUCGGCGCA